UCCCCAUUUUGGGGUGGGAAGGCAGGGUGGAGGCCACAGCUGCUCUGUUCCUGUCCAGGCCUGGGUCACCCUACCCCGUCCUUUGGUGACAGUGAAUUCAAGCCACUAGACUUCAGACUGAAAGCUGUGUAGUUAGGUCCCAGAGCCCCUCCCACCAUCCCUGUCUCUAGGAUCCCUGGGAGGCACUGCCUGCUGGGAUAUGGCCCAGCCCUCAUGGCACUCUUCCUGUGGAUUGGAAGCAAGCCACAGUGGGCAAGGGAUCUCCAAAGACCAUUUCCACCUAAAAGGCCCAUAAUGAAGCUGGGUUUCCCAAAGCCAGCAGCAGCUGACAGGUGUGUGGCUAUUACACCAAAUGUACACACUAGUGUCUGGAGUCCUGCGUUUGGUACUUCUGAUUUCACCCUGCAUGCCCCAAGACCUCAGCAUAGCCAGGAAAGGACAGUCUAUCCCAGAGGUACUCCAACCCUCGGCAUUCCUCACUUAGGUUCAAUGAUACAGUCGGCACUAACAUGGGAAUCGGGAGGUCUAAGUAUUUAUACUUUUGAGAUAGGGUCAGUGGUUAAGAGCACUGACUGCCCUUCCAGAGGUCCUGAGUUCAAUCCCCAGCAACCACAUGGUGGUUCACAACCAUCUAUAAUGGGAUCUGAUGCCCUCUUCUGGUGUGUCUGAAGACAGCAACAGUGUACUCGCAUACAAAUUCAAAGCUAUGGUCCCUGUGUGCCAGACCCUACCUUUACUCUUACCAUGGCAACUUCAGGCUCUCUUAUUGGUGCUGGAUGGAAUCCAAAAGCUGAGGAAGAGCACUAGCACCAGGUGCUGUCAUUCUUACGUUCAGGACACCAAGGCAGGAGGACCAUAGGGAGUUUGAGGCCAGCCUGGUAGACAACUGAAACACAGUGGCGUUCUCUGAGAGGCAGGCAGACCUCUGAGUCCCAGGACAGCCAGGGCUACACAGAGAAACUGUGUCUCAGCCAAAAGAAACUCCAGGCUGGGAGGCAGCUGUUGCCCGUGUUCCCCUCCCAGGACUGUCAAUUCCUCUGUAAGGUUGAGACCAAGUACUGUGCCAGAGUUCUGCUUGACCUAGGGCCUCCAGCCUGCAUGGCUUUGCACUUCUAGCCAACUGUUUGGCCAAAGCCACAGAGCACACACAUCCACCAACCACCAUGCACUUAAUGGGCUCUGGAGUUCCCCAGUCUGCUCUCUGUGAUUUCCCACCCUGGCUGUUCCCCUAACCCAUAUUCUCCCCAACCCUAAUGAAAAUCCCCCUGCAUCCUGUUGCCUCACCUCAUUAGUUUUGGGCGACCCUGAUUUCAUCUGCUCAUGGCCUCCUGCAGGCCAGAGGCAGAAGCUUCUAGGGUCAUUUCUUUGAGGUGUCAGUCCAGAGUCUGCUGCCCAGCAGUUCUUAAGACAAAAGCAGGAAGGACAGGGGGCCACUUAGCUAUCACCAACCAGUCCCCCUCCCCACACCCACCCCAUGUUCCUGCAGCUGCAGCAACAGAUUCUGGACCUGGCCAGGUGCUACAUGCAGUCCCUGAGCUGGCUCCAUUCCUGCCAUUUUGUGCUGGACCAUGUGACAUUAGCAGGCCUAUAUGGGCUUUGAAUGUGGAAGGUCCCAGGCUUGUGUGUGCCCAUUUCAUACAGGAGACAGGCCUGGAGAGAUGGGGAGAGGAGGUCUAGCCCAGGGAUGGGCAGAUCCAAGUCCAAAAAGCCUAGAGCACAAGUUUUACCAUCAACAAUGCCACCUGGAUGGGUAGUCCCCACCCCCAGCUUCCCCAAAGCUAUUUGGAGCAGGAGGAAGAAAAAAUAGACUAAGUUACUUCCUCCUGUGAUCCUCUUCCCAUCACCUCCCCCAGCAUCUGACCCUAGCUCAGGAAAGCACUUUUAAUUCCCCAGGGAGGUGAGUGGGCGGGGCUGGCUUCUUUUAAAGGGAGAAUUGCAGAGGCUCUGCUCUGCUGUCCUGUCCAAGAGAGCUGGAGACUGCAGCUGCCACUUGAGCCAUGGCUGGGCUGGCCCUGCAUCUUGUCCUGGUGGCCACCCUCCUUGGUCUGGCAGUCUCUCUGCAGUGGAGGGCAGCCUCCAACCUGAACCUUAUCGAGAAGUGUAUGGUGGACCAUGAUUAUGAGCAGCUACUGAAGGUGGUGACCUUGGGCCUCAAUCGAACUUCGAAACCCCAGAAGGUGGUAGUGGUUGGUGCGGGCGUGGCUGGGCUGGUAGCGGCCAAGGUGCUCAGUGAUGCAGGACACAAGGUCACCAUCCUGGAGGCAGGUAACAGGAUUGGGGGCCGUAUCUUCACUUUCCGGGAUGAGAAGACAGGCUGGAUAGGGGAGCUUGGGGCCAUGCGAAUGCCCAGCUCCCACAGGAUCUUGCACCAGCUCUGCAGGAGCCUGGGCCUCAACCUGACUCAGUUCACACAGUAUGAUGAGAACGCAUGGACAGAGGUGAAAGGCGUGAAGCUGCGAAACUAUGUGGUGGAGAAGAUGCCAGAGAAGCUGGGCUACGACCUGAACCACAGAGAAAGGGGCCACUCCCCGGAGGACAUCUACCAGAUGGCACUCAACAAGGCCAUCAAAGACGUCAAGGUCUUGGGCUGCAAGAAAGCCAUGAAUAUGUUCAGCGAGCAUACACUCCUGGAAUACCUCCUCAAGGAGGGCAACCUGUCCCAGCCGGCCGUGCAGCUCCUGGGAGAUGUGAUGUCCAAGGAAGGCUUUUUCUACCUCAGCCUUGCAGAAGCAUUUCGCGCGCACGCCUGCCUGAGUGACCGACUCCGGUACAGCCGCAUCGUGGGUGGCUGGGACCUGCUUCCGCGAGCGCUCCUGAGCUCGCUGUCAGGGACGGUGCUGCUGAAUGCGCCAGUGGUGUCGAUCUCUCAGGGGAGGCACGAGGUGCAUGUGCACUUCACCACCUCACUACAGUCUCACAGCUUGGAGGUGAUGACCGCAGACGUGGUGCUGCUGACUGCCAGUGGGCCUGCUCUGCAGCGCAUCUCCUUCUCGCCGCCUCUGACUCGCAAGAGGCAGGAGGCACUGCGCGCACUUCACUACGUGGCAGCCAGCAAGGUUUUUCUGAGUUUCCAUCGGCCUUUCUGGCACGAGGAGCACAUCAUGGGCGGCCACUCCAACACUGACCGCCCAUCGCGCCUCAUAUUCUAUCCCGCACCGGGCGAGGGCUCACUGCUUCUGGCCUCCUAUACGUGGUCGGACGCUGCAGCCCCCUUCGCUGGACUGAGCACUGAACAGACCCUGCAUUUGGUGCUCAAGGACCUGGCGGCCCUCCACGGGCCUGUGGUGUACCGGCUGUGGGACGGCAGGGGUGUGGUCAAGCGCUGGGCGGAGGACCCAUAUAGCCAGGGAGGCUUCGUGGUGCAGCCGCCAUUGUUUGGGCAAGGGACCGAGGACUAUGACUGGUCAGUCCCCUAUGGCCGCAUUUACUUCGCAGGCGAGCAUACAGCUCUCCCGCAUGGCUGGGUAGAGACUGCUGUCAAGUCUGGGUUGCGGGCCGCGCUGAGGAUCAAUAGUAACUAUGGGUAUGGGAUGGUCGACCUCGAGACGCUGGAGCAUGCACUCGCAGAGGCCAGCUUUGCGGAGCAGUAUCUGGAAGGGGACCAGCCAGAGGAGCAGCAGGCACAGGAAGAAGUCAACCCCGACCGGCAGGAUCUCUCGCAGAAGCACUUGUUGGUGGAAACCGGCCCAGACGGGCAGCAACACGUGUUUGUGGAGAACAUACCUGAGCCGCUGGAACACGUGUUCAUGAAGACUAACCCCCAGGAGAAGGGGCACAAGCACCAGAUUAUAUAUCCCUCAGAGCACGGACAUGUGCAUGGGGAAGUCAUCCCCGAAGGGCCUGGGCAUGUACACAGGAAACACGGGCAUGUGGGAUCUGGCACUCUGCAGCAUAUGCACGGAGAGGUGGACCACUCGUAAUUGCAAAGGGGAAGUGGGCACCCAGCUCCUAACCCAGCCCUUUUCAGGGUAGACAGACCGCCUACAGUAAUAGCCCACAAUAAAGUUAUUUUUGUUAAA